GCAGUGUCGGCUUUCUCUUUCUUCCUACACAUCUACUCUCCGCUUGACCGCUCCUUUGUCGAGAGCUUUUGCCACGAGGUCCACUACCGGCCUGCUCUUUUGUUGCAAUCGUGCCGGGGCGUUAUUGCGUUGACCUGGCAUGGUGCUCUCGGUCUUGACUGACACCCCCUCAAGCCGGCGAUGGGUCACCAAGGAGCACCGGCAGUUGUGGCAUUGAGGUCGGGCAUCUGGCAGUGUAUACCAGUGGACAAGGAGCGGGAGAAGGAUGGCAGAGAGAGAGGUCAAGAAGGGUUAUUCCAGAGUAGUGGUUGCGGCCCUCGCACAGGCAACCCAGCGUCUCCAAAUGCCGCGCCCCUGGUGGAGGAAAUUGUGCCCAUCUCAUUCCUUCGCGCAGAUGCCUACCUCUGUGUUGUAUCUCUGAUCUACGUGUCAGGCAUUGGAUGUAAUGUUUUCACCUCUCUUUGGGCCGUCUCACGAUUUCUGUCAGAUUUUCUAGGUGGUUGUUAUUUUGGACUCCCUCUCUUGUCCUGGUUUCCGGAUCGAAGGUCGGUCGCCGGUCACUUGUGAUUCUCAGGGCAAUUGACCAGCAGAGAAUCAUUGUCGCGCCCUCUCUUUCUUCUAAUGAGCCUGCACAACCUCCAACUCGAGUCCCGUGCAUCAAACUGCCGCAAUCAUAUUGAUCGAUGUGAGAGGAUGAGGAGGUAGGGCGUCCUAGCAGGAGAAUCACUGCAACUUGGGUGCCAAUGCGAGCACAUGGCGUCUCAUGAGAUCUCGCUGUGUAACCUCGGGCAAUUCCCAGCCGCUGUCAGCUUGCUGCUGAAUGGACGUCUUUGGCUCACUGCCCAAGUAUGUCUCUGAUGUUAGCUCUUUAUACCCCGCGGUCAGCUGGUAAGAAGAGUAAACAGUCUCAUAUUCCUCACCAUCUCAACUGCGUACUGCCACAAGUCGCCUUAAUUUUCUCCAUAUCCACGGUGCCCAAUCGAAGUAUGUAACGGCAAGGCUCUAUUCGACGGCGGCAGGAGAAGUGUCGGAGGGGAGCGAGUGCGGCAGAGUUGAUUCAUGGUUGCCGUCAACGCAGGAUCGUCAAGUGAGAGGGCGUCGCGAACACAAACAUUGUUUCGAGGGUCGAGUGUUUGUUGAGUUUGGUCUUUGGCUUAGAAGUUGACCCUAUAGAUGAUGGACAAGGUACCGAGAUGUCUUCU